UCCUCAGUAGAAGACUGUGAGCUGAACUGGGAAAUCCAUCUCCGUGCGCCGAGCCUCUUGUUCGACGGCCAGGCUCUCUCGCCAUGACUCUCAGUCUCUCACACCAAGUGGGCUCGUCUAUUUUUUCCUCAUCUCUGCUUGUCAGAUGCUCUAACUCUCUGAGAGUUGGAUUAGGGAUGGAACUUGUUAGCGAAUGGUUUUGGCAAGGAAGAGAACCCCCCCACAAUUCCCCUCAAUCCAUCAGUCCAUCUCGGAAAAAAGUCUCAGGGCAAUUUCCACUACGCAUGCCAUGGCCAACUGGGUCACUCAGAUACGAUGAACACACUAGUCAAAAAUCGAUUCAUCGCCUCCGACUCCUCAUCCAGGGACCUGACUCUCUGAAAAAGCGGGGCUGCAAGUACCCAGCGGAGACCAACUGCGCCAUAUCGUGAAUCGUGGAACCCUCGGCUUCGGACUUAACGGGUCUGGCCCUGAAAAACGCGUGAAACGAUAGGCUAUCAAGCUUUUUUUACGAGCUCUGGGGAGCAGGCACCCCCCGGCAGUUAAUAUAAACACACAGGAUGUGAUUGUGCCCACAGAAC